UGUGUGCUUGUGCUAUACUUUAUUUUGAAAGUAUGAACCGGAAAACGCAUGUUGGGCUGGCUCACUUGACACUGCUGUAGAGGCUAACCAGUCAGUCGGCUUGUUCAGCGCUGUCUAGUCGAGCCUGUCAACAACACUGCAACCUGAGACGGGAUAGCCAGCCAGUUGGCUAGCUAAGUAAACCAGCUAAGUUAGCUGCACAGCUAGCCCCUGUAUUAACCAACUAUCACGACUCGUAAUUACUCCUCCGAGUCGGCGAGAUGUAUUGUUUUUGAAGUUGUUUCGACAAGAGAAGAGGCAAAACUGACUUUCUCAUUUGGCUCCUUCAGCUCCUUCCUCCUGUGUGAUAUGACAUCGCUGCUCAGUUACAACAAAAGCCAGAGCUCUACAGCAGACGGUUGACAUCUGGUCAGGUGCUGUUGAAGAGGAUGGCUGCUGAGGUAGAAGUUCAGACAGGGGAGGUGGGGAGGACGGUGGUGGGAGGACGACUUCAUCUGAGUCCCCUGACUGAUUCCAGCAAUAAGAGCCUCAUCGAGAUCCCUUCUAUCAACCCAUCCCAUAUCAUCACUCCAGAACCUAACAAACCUGUCCCAGGUCCCAAGCCACGGCUCACUCCCAAACCUUUUGCUGUGGAGAGAAACCCUACUAUUAAGCCCAUACUUGCUCCGAAGCCCCAUACCAAGCCCCGACCAGAGUCCACUCGCCUCCCUGGAUAUAAACCAGAGCUUCCACCAAGUCCAAAACCACAGCAACCAGUUCCUGCUGUCAAACCCAGGCCAGUGUCAACUAAUCCGAACCGACCUGCCCCCACCGCCUUUAAAACAUCUAAUAAGUUGAACGCUGGACAAACAACCAAGCCAGUAGUCCAGCCUUUUAAACCAGCCCCUUCUCUUGACUCUGGAGACCCCAGUAAACCUAUUCCUCCUCUAGCAGCAGAGAGGUGGAAACCUGGUUUAUCCAACUUGGCCUAUUCUAAGAGCCUUAAACAACUUCCAGCAGCAGAGUGGUCUGGAACCACUAAAAAUGAAGAUGAGAAGGACCAGUUGACACCCAGCAAAGGUGGGACCUCCAUUACCAGGGCCAAGUCCAUGGGGUUUCUCGUUCAGGUAGGGCAGGAGGAAGAAGAAAAGGAAAAAGCUAACCCUGAGGCAGCAGUGCCACUGCGGCCGCAGCCCAGAAGCUCCAGGCCCAGACCUGUAUCAGCCAUUUUCCUGGAUAGUCCUACAAAGACAGAGACACCAGUUCCUGCCCCUCGCUGGGCCAGACGACCACUUUCAGCUGAUCUCACGGCCAAGUUUGAGUCAAUUGGUCUGUCACUGCACCGUAAAACUCCCAAGGCAAAUACUAAGGAGAACACUCCUGAGGAGAAGGCACUGCCACUGAAGAGAGAGCAGGAAAAAACCCCUAAGAGCACCUCACCACAAAGCACUGAUGGUGUAGCUCCGUCUGCUGUCUCAGACCAAAGCAACAAAAAGACAGAAGAAAUGACUGUGAAAGAGACCGAUGAGGAUAAGCGUGCAGUUAGCAUCAAGUCACGAAUCAGUCUUCUCCUCGAUUCCUCAUCCUCUCCUGAGACAGUUGUCAUAGGCCAAGGGUCAGAUCUCCACUCUCCAGUGCAGCCGGUCCCUGAACCCGAACCAACAGUGGGUGUCAAACAGCUCAUCAAACAGCUGACAGAGGACACAACACCAACUCAGAGCCCUGUUGUGAAACCACCACUGAGGCCCCGCCCCUUGCCCCUCGACCUGACUAAAAGGUUUUCAUCUGAGUGGUCACCAGACCUUGGCAGUGUUUCCCUCAGUGAGGCACCAGACCAUCAUGAGAUCAGCAAAGAUCCUCAGUGGAGGACCGAAGAUUCAGCUCUCACCCCUAGUGACCAGAGGACAUUUGUGGAUUUGAAAGAUUCCCAAGUGCAGCUCAAAAAUGCCUCCACGCCUGAAACACCUGAGGCGGGACAGAAGUUUGGCGCCACUUCCAAGGAAAGUGGUCCCAGCAGUGACGUACAGACAGUGAGAGCAUCCUUGUUUGAAAAUGUUGUGGAGAGGCACAGUGUGCUAAUGGUGGAGGACAGCAAGCCAUCAAACAAGGCUAACGAUUCACUCAGCAGCCCGUCAUUUAAGAGAGGAACUGGUGAAGAUGAGGGAACUCUGGUCACUGCCACUUACAAAGAGCCUGUAUCUCCAUCAAGUCCCCUACGGGUGUUACAUGCCUUUGACACUGUGCAGGCAGUGGAAGAGAACAGGGCAGUAAGUGAGAACAUCCCAUCAGCUCAGCGGGAGGAUAAGGCCAUGACGCUGCGCUCCAGGCGCUCAGAAGGGAGCAGGCCGGUGGCAGACAGGACUGGUUUAGCACAAGGCGAACCAGCUGUGGCUGCGAUGCCAGAACCGCAGCCUCGAUAUCUUAGAGUCGGAGCCUUGCCUAAGUGGAAUAAUACAGGUCCCGAACAAGAGGCUAGUGUGGAUAAAGGGAUGCUAAAGGAAUCACAAAGGGAAGGAGAAGUGGCGUUGCAUCAAGACAGAGGGAGGCACAGAGAGGCAGAACAGGAGGAAGUGGCUGCAGCUCCUAAACGUUUGAAAAUGCUGCAGGCAGAAGAACAGCCGAAACCCAGGGCAACUUACUUUGCUCUGACUGGACAAAUACAGGAGCCCGUUUCUCCUGUAGAUCCAGGAUCAAAGAUAGAGGAUAUGAAUGUGCACUUUGAUGAAUUCUCUGUGAGGUCUGCAGCAGGUAGCUCUCAAGGGAAGGUCCUUCCAAUAAAGAGGAAUCCAUCAUUUGAAGAAGCAUUUGGAAAAACCUCUCAAGAUCAAGUUGAGGAGUUGAUGAUGAGGAGUCACAUGUCCCACAGGGAGAUUAGAUCAGCGUUGGACAGACAGACGACAGAGGAAAUGAUUGAAGUUGAAAAGAAACGAGAACUAAAAAAGGAGACUGAAAGACACAUGGCAAAAAUGAGAGAGCUUGAGAGGGAAAAACAGAGACACCUGGAAAUGGAGAAAGAAGCACAUUUAGAAUUUGCACGAAUGAAGGAGAGGGAGAUGCAAAGAGAAUAUGAAAGGCAAAGACAGAAGGCCUUUGAGAAGGAGAAACAGGAGUUUGAGGAGAAACAACGUGCACUAGAGCUUGAAAAAGAGAAACUGCAAGAAAUUGAGAGAAAAAGACAAAGAGAACUUGAAAAAGAAAGGCAAAGACAACUUGAAAAAGAAAAACAAGAGUUGGAGCGACAGAAGAAGAUUGAAAGAGAGAAACUGCGAGAGCAGGAAAGGGAUAGACAGCAGGAACUGGAGAGGCAAAGACAAAGGGAGGAAGAGCGACAGAGAGAACUCGACAAGGAGAGAAAGCUGCUGGAAAUCCAAAAGGAGAAACAGAGAAUGGAGGAGCUGGAGAGACAGCAACUCUUAGAGUUUAAGAAACAGAAGGAGAAAGAAAAGGAGAGGCAGCAGAUCCUGGAGCUUGAGAAGCAGAGACUUAGAGAGAAGGUGGAGAGAGAGGAGGCUGAGAAAAUUAAACAGAUGGCAUUAGAACAGGAAAUGUUAAGACUGAGAGAGCUUGAAAAAGAAAGGGAAAGACAAAAGGAGAUGGAGAGGGAGCGUCAGAAAGAGAUUGAGAGGGAAAAGCAGAGAGAGCAGGAGAGACAGAGACAAAGAGAUUUAGAAAGGGAGAGACAGAGACAACUUGAUAUUGAGAGACAGGAACUAGAAAACCAGAGACUGAGACAACGAGAGAUGGAGAAGGAAAAGCAGAGGAAGGAGGAGUUAGAGAGAUUUAAAGAGAUGGAGAGAAGACAGCUCUUGGAGUUGGAAAAGCAAAGGCAGGCAGAGAGGGAGAGACAACAAAUUAUGGAGCUUGAGAAGCGUAGACUGAGGGAGAGGAUGGAAAGGGAGGAGGCAGAGAAAAUGAGACAGAUAGCCAAACAGCAAGAGGCAGAGAGGCAGCGACUAAAAGAAAAACAGAAGAAAGAGGAGCAAGAGAGGGCCAGGUUAGAGUCCUCACCUCUCAGGCCGAAAGUGUUGGAUCUGGACUCUGUGCUCCGAAAUGACCCAUUUUCGAAGGCUACUCCUCAACGCAGUGACCCUUCAACACGUUGGAAGGAGCCAUCUCCAAGAGCAGAAGAGUCUUACAAACCUGCCAUCCUUGACAUAGACUCUUUCACAUCUCAAAGUCAGCUCUUCCCCAGUAAAGACUUGUUUCCUUUUUCUGGUAUUCAGGGUGGAGAUGCUGGGUUUGGAGCUAGAUUACAGCCAACACCUGAUGUAGAUGUUAGCUGGAGGGUGCCACCACAGACUUCACUAGGUUUCACAAGCCCAGUAUGGACAACGUCUCCUCAGGACCCGUGGGAGCUGCGGCCUGUUGAGAUGUCUGUGGACAAACCCAUGGCUGAACCCAGAAAACAUGGCAACAAAGUCAGCCUAGAGCAACUCCUCCUCAGGCAGGAGGAGCGGCACCUGGCUCCACAGAGGCCUUGGCCUGCUGCGCUCGAUGAGCCACAUCAGUUGGCCCCUCUUUCCUGGACAGAAGCCAAAAGUGGAGGCUCUACAGGUGGACUCUCCAGCAGUGCUUCUGUAGAGCAGAUAUGGCUUCCCAGAGAGUCACGGGCUCAAGACAGCAGUGGAGAGGUCCGUAGCCACAGGAGGUCACAGGGAUCUCAGGAGUUAAACAGGAUGCGCUCUCGCAGCGUGUCACGGCGAUCAGCUCCUUCAAGUGUUGCUGUGGAGGGAAGCCUUUCCAGGAUGAGGAGUCGCAGCGCUCACAGAGAGCAGGACCGCAACAGUUGGGUGCAGCAGAAGCAAAGUGGCAGUGGUGACGAGGAGGGGAAGGACUCUGGAACACCGGCCCGUGACACUGACAGUCAGUAUGGAACCUGGGAGACAGGACUGCGCACCGAUGACAGCCUCACUCCUGCCACUCCUAGUUCAGAGAGCAAUCUCAGCCCUUCACCAAGGAAGCCCACUCCCGCACACACACCUGAAGAUCCUGCCUCACAGUUUGAUACUGACACUGUGAACAGCCUCCUUCCUUCAUCCUCAUCUGAGAGCCAGCCACUCCCUUUCCCUGAUGUCCCUGUCACUCUGUUAGACACUAGUGCUCUUCGCUCCAGAGCCCAGCUGGGGAAGAAACGAGCACCACGGACACGGCCCUCCAGAGCUGCCAGACAGAGUGCUCCACAGAGAGAGGAAGAAACCACUGAGGACUGGCGUUACAGAGACUCCACAGAGGCAAAGGUUGAGAGUAAGGACGCUGACUCGGACUCAGAGGAGCAGGCCAGAGGAGCUGACUCCAGCCCUGCUCUUUCCUCUCAGCCACAGAGGAUCGCCCUGUUCCCUGGGAUGGACCCUUCAGCUUUAAAGGCCCAGCUGAAGAAGAGGGGUGACUCUGACAAUCAAAUCGAUGGAGCUUCUUCCUCUCCCUCCCAGCUUUCUCGCUCUCCCAAGUCCCCCUUCCUUGCCAGGGCAGCACGUGUACUGCCCCCACCUGGCGGGAAAGAGAAUGGCGAGGAGGACUCACCCCAGUGGUUGAAAGAGCUGAAGUCCAAGAAGCGCUUGAGUCAGUAUGAAAAUGAGAGCUAAGUAAAUAAUGAGGUUGCCUUAACAGAUGAAUCUAUAUGAAACAGAAGCCUUAACGAUCGACCCAGAGAGGAGGAGAGGUGAAUCUACAGCUGCUGAUGUUUGUUUUUUUUUCUCUGUUUUUUUGUUCUCUUCUCAUCUGGGUUCAUAAAUGUGCAUGGUGCCUUUUUUUUUACGGAGAGUCUCUGUCCUAUGGAAAAAGAAAAAACAAGCAAGGAGGAAUAAAAACACCAGGCUGCUCUGCUUUAUCCAUUUCAUGCUUGAACCUGUCGAAACUCUCCUGCACCAGGAGGCACUUACACGAACAUUUUAAUGGGGACCAGGUGAAGUUGAGGGGGAAAAGGGAGAGGGGGGCGAUUAUUGAUAAUUAUUUCCUGUCAGGCCGCAUUUCAGGAAAUGGUUAACUUGUGGGACCACGACGCCUCUUUAUCCUGGACGUGCUUCAUCACAUGCUGGAGGACAAUCCAGCCAAUCCUCUUCGAGAUGUUUGUAUUUAGUUUCCUUACUCGACUAAUAUGUACAAGGUGGCCCUGUCUGCGUUGGACAUGAUAUUGGUCAGUGGAGGCUGCUGAUGGGAGUCACACAAGCAUUGCCAUAGGAUAACAUUUCAGACACUAAUGAUUUUCCUUCUUUAACAUAGAGAACAAAUCACUGCUGACUUGAUUGCCAGCCAGAGUGUAUAUCAUGUUAGUAAUUGUAAUCAGGAGAUGUUAUAUUUGUAUUAUUGUUGAUUUAACAGAGACAGAGAGCUAGUUUUGAAAACAUUAAGCUGCAUCACUACAAUAGACUUUGUUACACUCCGCGACCCUAACAGUGUCACAGUUGUUGCAUAGUGUAUAUAUGUUUUUGUCUAAGUAUCUUUUUUGUCUUUGUGGAAGAGGGACAGGGGACUUUUGGCCAAGUGACUUUGCACCUGUCAAUCAUGCACACUCCUUAUCAGCACAAAUACACUCUUUGAUCUUUUUUAAAAAACACUAAUCAGCCUGUCUUCCCUCCUUUAACAGACUGAACAACUGUAGCUGUAAGCAUUCAUUAUAAGCCAUACUUUAACCUUGUAGCCCUCACACACUCCACUUUUUUUUUUUCCAACGAAUGUGCAAUUUCCCUCAAUUUGUGUCCCCAGUAAUGUGCAUGCACAAUCUUUGCUGUCAAACCAGGCGUUGCUUAAACUGACUGGUGCAGAGUGUCGGGUUGUUGGCUCACACUACUCCAGUGGAGGGAUGUUUGUUCACCACAUUGUGUGAAUGACUCCACCCUCUGUUACUCCAAAUAAAAUUGAACAUUUGCACCUGCUUUCCAACUUCACUCUAAUCUUCCUCAUGUUUGCCAUCCACCCAACCACACUGCGCUCCUAUAAAGCACUUUGUCACUUGAUGCACUACAGCACUGACCUCUGCCCCCGUCUUGUUGGACAUGUCUCAUCUCCUGUAUUGUUGGAGUGCUAAUGCAAUGCAAGUGAAUGUGUCGAUCGAAUCUUCGGAGUGAUUGUCCCUGGUUUCUAUGUACAUGACGUUUUACUUUGUCAUGAAAGUUAAGGGUUUAUUUUUUAUGUCCUCCUUUGUCCUUUUUUCAUUCGAAAGUAAAGAUGUAUAUUGCACUGUGUUGUACUGGCCAGUGUCCUAAAGUGAAUACAUUCUUAAUAAAAUUUACUUGACUUGA